AGAAUAAACAACACAGCAGAUGAUGGAGUUUGUAGAGUAAAGAAUGACAGGAUGAGGAUGAGUGAAUGUGAUCUUUAUAAAAACAGACCUGAAGUGACAGUCAUUAAUGGGACUCUGAUAAUAAAGCGUGUGAACAGAUCAGAUUCUGGGGAUUACAGAUUAACACUCACUGACUCAAGCGGCACAGAAACAUCUAGAGAUCUUCAAGUGAUUGUUGAAGCUCCUAUUGGCUCAGUGAAUGUGUCAAUCAUCUGCUCCUCCAAUCAGAGGUCAGUGUUCUGCUCAUCUGACGGGGAUCAGAUCAUCUACAACUGGACUCUGAAUGGAGAAAUACUAGAACAAGGACCAGUGGAUGGAAACACCAUUCAGCUAAAAGAGGAAACUGAUGGAGACAUCAUCUGCAGCGUGAAGAACCACGUCAGUCACGCACAGAAGACCAUUAGACUCAAACCCUGUCCUGGACCAACUUCUGCAGCUGUGACACCAACACCAGAAUCUGGUCUGGAUCGGUUCUGCAGUUUUGAUCAAUCUGAUCCCUGUUACACAGCUCUGGGACACAAACUCAAUCUGCUGAUGGUGGACGCUAGAGAAUAUGAUCUGAGGUUAAAAAAGAGAAUAAACGACAACACAGCAGAUGGUCCUGUUUGUAGAAUAAAGAAUGACAGGAUGACGAUGAGUGAAUGUGAUCUUUAUAAUAACAGACCUGAAGUGACAGUCAUUAAUGGGACUCUGAUAAUAAAGCGUGUGAACAGAUCAGAUUCUGGGAAUUACAGAUUAACACUCGUUCACUCAAAUGGCUCAGAAACAUCUAGAGAUCUUCAAGUGAUUGUUGAAGCUCCUAUUGGCUCAGUGAAUGUGUCAAUCAUCUGCUCCUCCAAUCAGAGGUCAGUGUUCUGCUCAUCUGACGGGGAUCAGAUCAUCUACAGCUGGACUCUGAAUGGAGAAAUACUAGAACAAGGACCAGUGGAUGGAAACACCAUUCAGCUAAAAGAGGAAACUGAUGGAGACAUCAGCUGCAGCGUGAAGAACCACGUCAGUCACGCACAGAAGACCAUUAGACUCAAACCCUGUCCUGGUCUGGAGUUAAACUGCAGUUUUGGUCAAUCUGAUCACUGUUACGCAGCUCUGGGACACAAACUCAAUCUGCUGAUGGAGCGGGACUCUAGUAAAUAUGAGCUGAAGAUACAAAAGAGAUUUAACAGCACACAAGAUGAUCCAAUUUGUAAAGUAAAACAAGACAGGAUAAAGGAAUGUGAUCUUUAUAAUAACAGACCUGAAGUGAAAGUCAUUAAUGGGACUGUGAUAAUAAAACGUGUGAUCAGAUCAGAUUCUGGGAAUUACACAUUAUCACUCUCUCACUCAGACGGCACAGAAACAUCUAGAGAUCUUCAAGUGAUUGUUGAAGCUCCUAUUGGCUCAGUGGAAGUGUCAAUCAUCUGCUCCUCCAAUCAGAGGUCAUUGUUCUGUUCAUCUGACGGGGAUCAGAUCAUCUACAACUGGACUCUGAUUGGAGAAAUACUAGAACAAGGACCAAUGAAUAGAAACACCAUUCAGCUAAAUGAGGGAACUGGAAAUAUCAGCUGCAGCGUGAAUAACCACAUCAGUCACGCACAGAAGACCAUUAGACUCAAACCCUGUCCUGGACCAACUACUGCAGCUGUGACCUCUAGUUUGACCACUACGAAACCGACAUCAAUAAAUGGUACGAGUUUAUCAUCAGCACAUACGAAUCAAACCCCCACUCAGAGCCCCGAAGAAUUCAGACGAAUGCUUUUACAAUUCUCUCUGAUUGCUUUGGGCUGCGUUGCUCUGAUCCUGAUUCUGCUGUUCAUCACCGUAUGUUACAUUUACAAGAAGAAGCAGGUCAAGUCAACACAAGCCGCUGCUGGAGAUAUGGAGCUCAUAUACGCUGAUAUCUCUCAUGAGAAAAAGAGUGAAAAGAAGAAUACAGAAUCUUUCUCAGCUUCUGAUGUGGAAUAUGCCGCUGUCCAGCCGCAGACAAAGAGAAAGAAGAAGAAGAAGAAGGAGGAGGUGGAGGAGGUUCAGUACGGCGAGGUGACGUUCACUCCAAAACAAGCAACUGCUCCACAGCAGAAGCUUCAGGAGGAGUGUGUUUACUCACAGGUACAGAGAGACUAGUUUCACAGCAACACCUCGUGAAGGAUCGCACUUUCCCUGGAAACCGAGUGCUUAUUUUCACUAAUGUUUGGUUUGGGACUUCUAUAGGCUAUAUAAAGCAGUUAUCUCUUUGCAUUUGUAAAUUAUUUUGCUUGACAUGUUAACAACGGUACUGUAUAUUAAUAUGUGGUGUUAUGGGUUGUAUAGCGUGAGCUUUAUUGUACAUGUCUGGGCUGAACUGUCAUGAGUAAGCAAAACAAUGAAAAAAACAGGAAACCAAUCGCAUGUUAUUUUCUCUCGAACUUCUGUGCACUUCUGUUUUUAGCACUUCUCGAUUUGCAACUGCGACUAUAUGAAGGCAAGAAAAAGCUUAAAUGAAUGUCAGCUUAUAAUCAUGAAUCUUGAGGAGGUGAUCGAUGUGCACAUGUGCUCAAAAGUCAUGAAAACACACCCUGAUAGCACACAUAAAUCACAGAGAUGUCUAUUUGACGUCUGCAUUACAUCUGCAAAACUGAGUUUUUAGAGAUUUGCACAUCUGCAAUACGUCUAUAAGAUGUUUCCUAUCAGAUGUCAAAUAGACGUUUAGAAGAUGUUUUUAAGAUGUUUGUGAUUUAGAAAUGAAUGUAAAACUGACUUCUUAAAGACAUCUAUCAGAUGUUUGCACACAGCAGAUGCUUUCCAAAUGAAUUGAUCUUUAACAGACGUCUUGCAGAUGUGAUGCAGUUUGGUGAUUUGGAAUUAAAACAUUUCAAAGCAAUUGAAGUCUGAGCUUUUCUAGAUUGAGUUAUGCAUUUAUAAAUGUGCCCAUCCUGAGUGACGUGAAGCAGUCACAUAUUGUUUUAAAACAUUUACAGCAGAGUUGGAAAUUAACAGGGGCUUGUGGCGAAAAAAAAAUACCACCAAAAUGAAAAAAAAUUCCACACAAAUUCAAGAUAAAGGGGUAAAAAUUGCCCCAGCGGAAAUAAACAAUGUAUUACAGCUGUCGUGAUCAAAAUGAAAUACUCACUCUGCAUCAGAUUGCUUUUUACACUUUUUUAUUUUAGUAUUUAUUAUUUGUUUAUUUAGUAUUUUGAUUGAUUGAAGUAAUUGGUUAAAUUCAAGUAUUUGACAUGAAAGACAACUCCGAUAAAAUUAUUAAGGUGCUGAUAAAAACUGCCCUCACGAAUGUACAAAAUGAGUAAAUUUCUGACCCUGGUUUACAGAACACUUCUGUUUACAGAUAAAUAUUGCAUUACUAAUGUCUUAAAUUUCAUCUCUCAAGUACAGGGAAAGACCUGAGAAAGGCCGAAAAGGUCUGGUAAUAUCUGAAGGUUUGCACACAUAAUUGCAUAAAGUCCUGUAGUGUUGACUGAUAGUAAAUAGUAACCUAUUUGUUUCUACCAGCUAAAUUAGUCAAGGGGUUCAGUUCCCAAAGAAAAACUUAAUAGCUUGAAUUCACAGUAAAAUGCAUGUAAACACGUCUUCUAAAAGCAGAAAUCAAAAUGCACCCAAAUCAGUUGAAUCUUUGUUGCUUUAAUUGAUAAUAGUUUUGUUUGGUUGGUUUUAUAAGUAUGUCAGUUUUUUAUCUGCAUACAUUCAGUAUACUGUCAUUGAUUGCUUAAACACAUUUCUUGAAACUAUGCCUCAUGUCUAGUUAGGCUUCUUCCAUUCCAUCGUCUCUGUGUCCUACAAAAAUUGAAGUUCUGAUUACUGUAACUGUAAAAUCCUUUUUACAAAAUGGAAGCAGACAGACACUUUAUCUGUAUGUAAGGCAAUUUGAUGUUGUAACAGAGUACAGCUCUCAAAAGUUACAGUAGAAUACACUGACGAACACCAACUUGUUUUCCUCCCUGAAUGUUCUCAUGAUUGAGGCGAGUGUGAAGCAACUUAAGUUUUGCUGAACUCAUUGCCCAGACUUCCUCAUAGUCAUACCAUGGGCAAGGAAGGACAUGGUCAACUAGUGUCAAAAAUUUCAUCUGAGGCUCCUCCUCCUCCUCCUCCACCCUGGUGUUUUCAAUCACGUCUCUCUGGAUCCAUUGAUGCAAAACUGAAUGAACUGACUGGGACUCUUUAAUCUAUCAAUUGAAGGUUCUGAUUGGUGUGAUUAAACUUUGACUGUAGUGU